GAACUAGCCAGCUGUGAAUGGAAUAAGAAAGAAAAACAUAUCCUCGCCCCAAAUAUUGUUGCCUUUACUAGGAGGUUUAACCAGGUCAGUUUUUGGGUUGUACGAGAAAUAUUAACAGCACAGACCUUAAAAAUAAGGGCGGAAAUAUUGAGCCAUUUUGUGAAAAUAGCUAAAAAGCUUCUAGAAUUGAAUAACCUUCAUUCUCUUAUGUCCGUGGUGUCAGCACUGCAAAGUGCACCUAUCUUCAGACUGACCAAAACCUGGGCUCUUUUGAAUCGCAAAGACAAGACCACAUUUGAGAAGUUAGACUAUCUACUGUCUAAGGAAGAUAAUUAUAAGAGGACACGAGAGUACAUCAGAAGCUUAAAAAUGGUUCCUACUAUUCCAUAUUUAGUCCAUGGGUUAUGGGUUGUGCUCUACCUGGACGUGCUGUGGUACCGUGUUACCAAAGGAGCGCAAGAAAAGGGUGGAGUAUGA